AUGAAGCGGCAGAACGAGCGAGACUCGAGCCCCAGCGGGCGUGGCUCGUCGUCGUCCGCCAAGCGGCCGCGCGAGCGCGAACGGGAGGCCGAGGCGGGCGGGCGGCGGGCGGCGCACAAGGCCUCCGGCGGCGCCAAGCACCCGGUUCCAGCGCGGGCCCGUGACAAACCCCGCGGCAGCGGCGGGGGCGGCGGAGGCGGGCAUCGCGACGGCCGCGGUGCGGGGGAUGCGAACCACCGCGCGGGCGGCGGGCGCUCCUCGGGCGCCGGCGGCGGAGGACGCGCGGGCAAGGCCUCGGGAGAGCCGGGUGCCGGGGGCGCCUCGCCCCGCGCCUCGCCGCUGCCGCCGCCGCCGCCGCCCCCAGGGGCGGAACCCGCGGGCCCCGGCUCCACGGCCGCGCCCGAGUACAAGACGCUGCUCAUCAGCAGCCUGAGCCCCGCGCUGCCCGCCGAGCACCUCGAGGACCGGCUCUUCCACCAGUUCAAGCGCUUCGGCGAGAUCAGCCUUCGCCUGUCGCACACUCCGGAGCUGGGCCGCGUGGCCUACGUGAACUUCCGGCACCCGCAGGACGCGCGCGAGGCCCGCCAGCACGCCCUGGCCCGCCAGCUGCUGCUCUACGACCGCCCGCUCAAGGUAGAGCCCGUGUACCUGCGCGGCGGCGGCGGCGGGGGCAGCCGGCGCAGCAGCAGCAGCAGCGCCGCCACCUCCACGCCGCCCCCCGGGCCGCCCACGCCCGCCGACCCGCUCAGCUACCUGCCGCUGCACGGAGGCUAUCAGUACAAGCAGCGGUCGCUGUCCCCGGUAGCCGCCCCGCCCUUGCGGGAGCCCCGCGCGCGCCACGCCGCCGCCGCAGCCUUCGCCCUGGAUGCUGCGGCCGCCGCCGCCGUGGGGCUGUCCCGGGAGCGGGCCCUCGACUACUACGGGCUGUACGACGACCGCGGGCGUCCCUAUGGCUACCCGGCUGUGUGCGAGGAGGACCUGAUGCCCGAGGACGACCAGCGGGCCACUCGAAACCUCUUCAUCGGGAACCUGGACCACAGCGUGUCCGAGGUGGAGCUUCGGCGGGCCUUCGAGAAGUACGGCAUCAUCGAGGAGGUGGUCAUCAAGAGGCCUGCCCGCGGCCAGGGUGGUGCCUACGCCUUCCUGAAGUUCCAGAACCUGGACAUGGCGCACAGGGCUAAGGUGGCUAUGUCCGGCCGGGUGAUUGGUAGAAACCCCAUCAAGAUAGGCUACGGCAAGGCCAACCCCACCACCCGCCUCUGGGUGGGUGGCCUGGGGCCCAACACCUCACUGGCAGCCCUGGCCCGGGAGUUUGAUCGUUUUGGGAGUAUUCGGACCAUCGACCACGUGAAAGGAGACAGCUUCGCGUACAUCCAGUACGAGAGUCUGGACGCGGCCCAGGCCGCCUGUGCGAAAAUGAGGGGCUUUCCCUUGGGCGGCCCGGACCGCAGGCUGCGUGUGGAUUUUGCCAAAGCCGAGGAGACUCGCUACCCGCAGCAGUACCAGCCCACCCCUCUCCCCGUGCACUACGAGCUCCUCGCCGACGGAUACACCCGGCACCGGAACCUGGAUGCCGACCUGAGGGUGCGGGACAGGACCCCCCCACACCUUCUGUACUCGGACCGAGAGCGGACCUUUUUGGAAGGGGACUGGACCACCCUCAGUAAAAGUUCCGACCGCAGAAACAGCCUGGAGGGCUACAGCCGCUCGGUGCGCAGCCGGAGUGGUGAGCGCUGGGGGGGAGACGGGGAGCGGGGAAUGCCCAAGCCCUGGGAAGAGAGGCGUAAGCGGAGGAGCCUUUCCAGUGACCGGGGGAGGACCACGCAUUCCCCUUAUGAGGAACGGAGCAGGACCAAGGGUGGGGGACAGCUGUCUGAGCGAGGCUCGGACCGCACCCCGGAGCGCAGCCGCAAGGAGAAUCACUCCGGUGAAGGGACCAAGGAGUCAGGCAGCAACUCUCUCAGUAACAGCCGACAUGGUGCUGAGGACAGGGGCCACCAUCACCACCACCAUGAGGCUACAGACUCUUCCCACGGGAAGAAGACGAGGGAGAAUGAGCGCAAUCAUCGGACCACUGAGGCGGAGCCCAAGGCUCUCGAAGAGCCAAAAUAUGAGACCAAAAAGCUAAAGACUCUUUCAGAGUAUGCUCAGACACUGCAGCUGGGCUGGAAUGGGCUUCUAGUGUUGAAAAACAGCUGCUUCCCAACAACUAUGCACAUCCUAGAGGGGGACCAGGGAGUAAUCAGCGGUCUCCUCAAAGACCAUUCUUCUGGCAGCAAACUGACCCAGCUGAAGAUUGCCCAGCGCCUUCGCCUGGACCAGCCCAAGCUGGAUGAGGUCACACGCCGCAUCAAGCAGGGGAGCCCUAAUGGUUAUGCAGUGCUCCUAGCCACUCAGGCAAGCGCCAGUGGGCCUGGCACUGAGGGGAUGCCCGCGGUGGAGCCAGGCCUCCAGAGGAGGCUUCUCAGGAACCUGGUCUCCUACUUGAAACAGAAGCAGGCUGCGGGGGUGAUCAGCCUGCCGGUGGGCGGCUCCAAGGGCAGAGACAGCACUGGCAUGCUCUAUGCCUUCCCGCCCUGCGACUUUUCACAGCAGUACCUCCAGUCCGCACUGAGGACAUUGGGCAAGUUAGAGGAGGAACACAUGGUGAUAGUUAUAGUAAGGGACACUGCCUAGCCCACACCUGUCUUUUCCAGCUCUGUGUUUGUGUCACAAAAGCAAUUAAUUUUAAAAAUCUGAUCCCUUCUCUACCCUACUCCCUUGGUUUGAAUUCCCUCAAUGAGUUGUUUCGGUUCCUUUGGUGGGUAAUGUCCAUCACUACAACUAAGUUUUUAGCUUAGAGGGGAUUUUUUUUUUUUUAUGUAAGAAGGGACUCCUGUUACGUUGACUUCUAGUGUAUGAGAUACUGUCUGCUGUAUUCUGUAUUUUUUUAUUUUUUGACUAACUGUAUGGAAAGUUGUCAGUAAAGCCUUUGUCAAAGGAUGAAUUUUUAAUCUGA